GAACUUGGAUGGCUAGAGAGAGAGAGAGAGAGAGAGAGAGAGAGAGAGAGAGAGAGAGAGAGAGAGAGAGAAGAGAGAAGAGAGAGAGCGAGAGAGAGAGAGAGGAGAGAGAGAGAGAGAGAGAGAGAGAGAGAGAGAGAGAGAGAGGAGAGAGAAAGAGAGAGAAAGAAAGAAGAAGAAAGAGAGAGGAAGAGAGAGAGAGAGGAGAGAGAGAGAGAAGGAGAGAGAAGAGAGAGAGAGAGAGAGAG